UUCAAUCCGUAACGCGUGGCCCUCCUUUCCCUCUAUUUUUGAAGAGGAGAGAGAAAACAAGAUUCUUCUCUCUCUCUCGCUCCGUGUUUGCGCGUUUGCAACAAUGAGAAUAGCGUGCGGUCACCUAAUCCCGACAUUGGUUCAUCCGUUGAAGUCAUCUUUCUCCAGAAAACAGUCUCUCCUUCUCACAGAGAAGUCUCACUUCAUAGGCUGUUUGGGGUUCACCCAGCGCUUCUCUUCCUCAUCCUCCAAAGUAAGCAUGAGCCUUAGAGCCGGCAUCGUUGGCCUCCCUAAUGUCGGCAAGUCCACUCUCUUCAACGCCGUCGUUGAGAAUGGAAAGGCUCAAGCUGCUAAUUUUCCUUUUUGCACGAUAGAGCCAAACAUAGGGAUUGUUGCAGUUCCAGAUCCUCGUCUCCAAGUACUUUCUGAUCUCAGCAAAUCUCAAAGAGCGGUCCCAGCAUCCAUAGAGCUUGUAGAUAUUGCUGGGCUUGUCAAGGGUGCCAGUCAAGGGGAGGGGUUGGGUAAUAAAUUUUUAUCACACAUUCGCGAGGUGGACUCCAUACUUCAGGUCGUACGCUGUUUUGAAGAUAAUGACAUUGUUCAUGUGAAUGGUGAAGUCAACCCAAAAUCGGAUAUUGAUGUUAUCAAUCUUGAGCUUGUUUUCUCAGAUUUGGACCAGAUUCAAAAAAGAAUGGAGAAGCUCAAGAAGGGCAAGGCAAAGGAUUCACAAUCUAAACUUAAGGAGGAAGCAGAGAAGUCUGCCUUGGACAAAAUUCAGCAGGCACUUAUGGAUGGAAAACCGGCACGAUCUGUAACUUUGACGGAGUUUGAAAAGGAUGCUAUAAAGCAUCUUUGCUUGCUAACAAUGAAACCAGUCAUCUAUGUUGCCAAUGUUGCAGAGACUGAUCUAGCUGAGCCUGAAAAUAAUCUUUAUGUCAACGAAGUGAAGAAUCUUGCAUCUGAGUUGCAAUCUGGACUGGUGACAAUCUCAGCUCAGGUUGAGUCAGAGCUUACUGAACUUCCAUACGAAGAAAGGAUGGAGUACUUAAAAUCUCUUGGUGUCGGUGAAAGUGGUCUUGGAAACCUGAUUAGAGCAACAUAUAGCCUCUUAGGGCUGCAUACAUACUUCACUUCUGGCGAGAAGGAAACAAAAGCAUGGACCAUACUUGCAGGAAUGACUGCGCCUCAAGCUGCUGGAGUUAUCCACUCAGACUUUGAGAAAGGUUUCAUUCGAGCUGAGACAGUAGCUUAUGAUGAUUUUGUUGCUGCUGGUUCACUUGCUGCUGCAAGGGAGAAAGGACUUUUGCGAUCUGAGGGUAAAGAUUACAUUGUACAAGAAGGAGAUGUAAUGUUGUUUCGUUUCAAUGUAUAAUGGUUAACAUUAUUGUGGCUGAAAUUAUUUAAUAAUUCCUCAAUGCAAUCAAGCUGGCAAGGUCACUUUAAAUUUUAGUGGCCUGAGAAUUUAUACGAUGAUAGAAGUGCUGACUGAUAUGUUGGAAGUAUUCUUUCAUUUGUAUCCUAGGUCAUAACUAUUUCUUGUAGAGUAAAUAGUUGAAUUGGAUUUAUUUCAUGGUUACACUAUUAGGAAACCGAUCACAUUUGAGGGGCAAAGGAUGGAAAUUGGAAAAAGAAAAAGUGAAGUUAUGUUUACCUUUGAAUUUUAUCA